GCCAAUGUAAUCAAACGGAUGGCGCCGACGAGUGUAUGACACGCAUUAUAUCAUAUAAACUCAUCCAUACGAUUCCAAGCAAAAAUAAGAAAUGGCAAUUCAGCUCUGAGACCCAGUCGACCCCACCCCAAAAGCUCGAAAACGAGUCGUGUGAGAUGAAAGGUUAGAAUGAAACCUGGAAUGUGACGUCAUAACAAUGAGGGGUUGAAACCACGCCAGGAACGAAACUGCAGCUGCCAACAAAUUGACUCAAUCACAUUGAGCUACAAAACCAGCCAACGUUCCCCUUUCUACAUCUCUUUCCUUCAUCAUACAAACAAACAACACCACGACUAACAACGAUCAAUAAUCAUUUCAACUACAUACCACCUAUCUUCUUUCAAUCGACAACACAACCGCAAUCAUGAAGGCUUCAGGAUCCCAAACUAAGAUUCACUACAAGGGUACCAAGACCGACGAGGACUUCAUUGUCUUUGUAGACUCAGAGGAAGAUCUCAAGAAGUGGAAGGGAGACAAGAGCAUUCCUCUUGCACAAGUUGUUGGUCUUUUCAAGGUCUUCGUUACACACAAGCACGGAGCUCAAGGUUCUCACGAUGAAGCUUCAGAGUCUCAAUUGGUGAACGAGUUCGAUACCAAGGUUGAGGAUGAUGUCAUCAAGACCAUUCUCGAAAAGGGAGAGGCACAACACGGUUCUUCAAUGGAGAAGACCGGUCCUAAGAACGAUAGCAUGGGACCAAUGAGUGCUCAUUAGAGUAAUUACAUCGGAGUUGGCGAAUGGUUUGGACGGGAUGGAAUGGAAUGGGAUAUGACGCGAUGUCAUUUGCAUGCAUGCAGUUUAUGACAUGGCAUCGCACGAUUUUUGCUGGAGAUAAGGAUCAAUACCCUCGAAGUAAAGGAUGGGAAGAUCACCAUAAAACGCUAUGGAUUUGAUGGGAUAUCAAAUUGGCUACUUAAUCAGCUAGUAUCAAGCACUAGCGAAAUAUCUAGUAGCUGGAUGCUCAAUAAAAAAAAGAUGAAACUCCA